GUUAUUAUUUUUAAUCCCCUCGAAGUUACUAGAUCCAACGGCUUAAAACGCACAAAGCUUUACUCACCACAUGAACGUCAACCGUCGGAUCAGAUCCACGUACACAUCAGCAUCUUCUUCUUUUCCAUCACUUCACUUCCUGCAAUCCCAAUCUCAGAGAAAAAAAAAUCCAUUAGAGAGGAACUUUCUUUCUUCACAGUUUUUGCUUUUCAAAAAUGGUGGAGGCUCAGUCAUGGACAACUCGCCGGAUGAGCAACCCUAGAUUCGACCCCUCCGCCGCCACCGCCGCCGCCUCCGUCGUCGACAUACCCUCGACCCCGCCUCACUCCACCGCCUCCGGAAAAGAGUUUUCCCUCUUCUCCUCCGCCAUAUCUCCGUUUUCCCUCUUCCCCUCCGCCAUAUCUCCGGCGGUGCUCACGGCGGCGAUAAUCGCCGGAUGGUUCGGGUCCAACAUUGGAGUCCUACUCCUGAACAAAUACCUCCUCGCUUAUUACGGGUUUCGAUACCCAGUCUUCCUCACGAUGAUCCACAUGCUAUCCUGCGCCGCCUACAGCUCCGUCGCAAUCAACCUCGCCGGAAUAGUGCCACGUCAGCACAUCCUAUCACGCCGGCAGUUCCUCAAGAUCCUCGGCCUCUCCGCCAUCUUCUGCUUCUCCGUCGUGUGCGGGAACACAUCUCUCCGUUACAUCCCCGUUUCCUUCAACCAAGCGAUCGGAGCAACGACCCCGUUUUUCACCGCCGUAUUCGCCUUCAUCAUCACCUGCAAGAACGAAUCCGGCGAGGUGUACAUCGCUCUUGUCCCCGUCGUCAUGGGGAUUGUCCUGGCUUCGAACAGCGAACCCAGUUUCCAUUUCUUCGGAUUCCUCGUAUGUGUCGGAUCCACAGCGGGGAGAGCACUGAAAUCUGUGGUUCAGGGAAUUAUCCUGACGUCUGAAUCGGAGAAGCUUCACUCCAUGAACCUCCUCCUCUACAUGGCUCCAAUGGCGGCUUGUAUUCUGUUGCCGUUCACUCUCUACAUCGAAGGAAAUGUCCUGAGAGUGCUGAUCCAGAAGGCUCGGACAGAUUCGUUCAUCGUGUUCCUGCUUGUCGGAAACGCGACAGUAGCGUAUCUGGUGAAUCUGACGAAUUUCUUGGUGACGAAGCACACCAGUGCUCUGACAUUGCAGGUCCUCGGAAACGGAAAAGCAGCCAUCGCCGCCGGAGUUUCCGUUCUGAUAUUCCGGAAUCCGGUGACGGCCAUGGGAAUCACCGGCUUCGCCGUCACGGUUAUGGGUGUCGUUCUCUACAGCGAAGCUAAGAAGAGAUCCAAAUUGGCCAACCACAAGUGAUGAUGACGAAGAAGAUUGGAUUAAACCGGUCGGUUAAGUGAUUCUUUACGGUUUAGUGUUCUGAUUCUUUGCAAUUCUUCAACUAUUUUGGUCUGAUUCGGUUCGGUUUUGAUAAACCGGUGGAAUUGGGAGCUGGUGGUUUUGUUUCAAUUGUAUAAUAUGGUGAGGUUGGGGAAAUUACAUAUAUAACAAAAUGCGACGAAAACAGGUGCAGAAUUUCAUAGAACUAAAGAUGUCUCUUUUUAUUAUUAUUAAUAUUGUUUUUUGUUUGAAUCAAAUUUGUUCGAAUAAUAAAAAAUUCCUUCAAAUGGUUAUAUGAAAAGUUCAAAUCUGUUUCUUUGGGGUUAGGCGC